GACUGUUGGUAGGCCAUUUCACUGGUGGAAGACCAAUCGUGUGCUUGGUGUUCUUGGAAGCUCCCAGGCUUGUUACAGUCCCUGCCAUGGCGCUGGAGAUGCUGCUGGACUGGUGCGGCUGGAUGGGCGUCAACGCCCAGAGGUCUCUGCUUAUCCUGGGCAUCCCUGCCGACUGUGAGGAAGAGGAAUUCCAGGAGGCCGUGCACGCUGCCCUGUGGGCCCUGGGCCGCUUCCGAGUGCUUGCCAAGGUCUUCAGAAACGAGCUGGGGGCCAAGGUGGCCCUGGUAGAGUUUGCUGAGUAUUUAAACCGGAACUUGAUCCCCCGGCAGAUUCCAGGCAAGGGGGGACCCUGGUCUGUGGUCUUCCUGCCCCAGGCCCCUGAUUCUGAGUUGGACAAUAGACCUGGUCUCCCUGGAGGGCCCCAGGGGCAGGCAGUGGCAGGAGGUAUAGGUGUUACAGGAGCUGCAGGUGUGGAAGGUGCUGCACAUGCAGAAGGAUCUUUAGGUGAGGGAGGAGCUGCAGGUGUGGCAGGAGUUGCAGGUGCGGGAGGAGCUGCAGGUGAGGCCCAGUAUGCAGGUGUUAGAAGAGGUGCAGGUGAGGCAGGUGUCAUGGGAGGUGCACGUGAGGAAGAUGUCCUAGGAGCCGCAGGUGUGGCAGGAGCCGUCGGUGUUAUAGGAGGUGCAGGUGAGGCAGGUGUUAUGGGAGGUGCGGGUGAGCGAGACAUAGCAGGAAGUGCAGGUGAGGCAGGAGCUGCAGGUAUUAUGGGAGUUGCAGGUGAGAGAGGAGAUGCAGGUGCUAUAGGAGGUGCAGGUGAGGCAGGUGUGGCCAGAGUUCCUGGGGAGGAGGGGGCUGCAGGUGAGGAAGAAGCUGCAGGUGUUUUAGAAGCUGCAGGCGGGGCAGGAGCUGCAGAUGAAGAAGAAGUGUCAGAUGAGGAGGGAGCGGCAGGUGACACGGGGAUUGCAGGUGUAAUAGGCUCUGUGGGUAUGGCAGGAGCGGCAGGUGAGGCAGGAGCUCCAGAUGAGGACAGAGCUGCAGAUGAAGCCGAAGCCUGGGCCCACCAGUGGAGGGAGGCCUUGCAGCCGGUGCUGGAAAACAUGGCCUACCAGGAGCUGAGAACCUUUUCUGGGCUGGAAGGGCCCAACUGUGGGGAAGAGCCCUUUGAGAGCUGGCUGGACCAUGCCAAUGACAUGCUUUACCUGUGGCGCCACAUAUCUGAAGGAGAGAGAAGGAGGCGGCUGGUGGAGAGCUUGGGUGGCUCUGCCUUGGAUCUCAUAUGUGGGGUGCUGGAUGAAAAUCCUGACACCCCCGCACAGGACUGCCUGGCUGUGCUUGUGCAGGUGUUUGGGAACAAGGAUACCCGGAUGACUUCCAGGCUGAAGUUCCUGACUUGCUCCCAGCGGCCUCAGGAGAGUCUCUUUGCGUACGUGAUGCGCCUGGAAAGCCUUCUGCAGGUGGCCAUAGAGAAGGGGGCCAUCCAGUCCAGCAUGGCUGACCAGGUGCGCACCCGGCAGGUGCUGAUGCGGGCCCGCCCGAAUGAGAUGCUGCAGAACAAACUGAGGAGCUUGCGGCUCGAGAGGAGGCCACCUGGCUUCGUGGGGCUGCUUCGACUGAUUCGGGAGACAGAGGCGUGGGAGGGCACCCUAUUUAGAAAUGAGCAACUGGAGGGUGAGGAAGGGGCCCAAGUACAUGAUGGAGACCCAGCCGCUGCCCCAGCUGGCGCCGCCCAUGGAGAUGCUGCCGAGGCUGCCCUGGCUGGUGAGAAUGCCGAGGCGGCAGCCCCUCUGGGGGAAUCUGCUGCCGAAGGCGGUGGCUCUCCCAGUGCCGAUGAAGCCGAGGCCUCCCCAGCCGCAGAAGACGCCGCCCAGCUGGCUGCUGACCCUCAAGCUGCUGCUGAGGCCACAAAGGCUGUCUCUGCUACUGAGGAGGCCACCGAGGGCCCCUCUGCCACCCAGGAAGGUGCAUAUCCUCUCAGCCCUGUGGCACUUGGUCAGGCAGGAGCCUUGGAGGCCCCCGGGGGCCCCACCCCAGCCCACAUGGGCAGUGCUUUUGGAGCGGGCCUAGGCGAUCCCAGCUGGGGGCCAGAAACCCCUGCCCAGGGAGGAGACCAGGAGGCCAAGGGGCCUCCCCAGGAGGGGCUCAGGCCUGCCCUGGAAGAGUCGGGAAACGAUGGCGGGGCUGGGGAAAUGAGCUCCCCCGAGUCCUCGCCGGGCAAAUAGGCUCAGAAGGCCCUGGGGCCUCCUCCCCUCACUGGCCACAGAGCCCUGGAGGGGGGGAGGCCAGGCCAGGGUGCCCCCUCACCCCACGAGGGUACCAUGGUCCACGCGAGGCCCCACCCUGCCCAGUCCAUGCCCCCGGCCUCCCAUCUCCCCCAAGGGGCCCUGUCCACUCCCAGCUGCCAUUUUAGGUGACCCAAAUGCGAUAGUUUGCUGCCACAUGGGGCUGGGAGGAGCACCCCUCCCCAUGGUAGCCCCAACCUUAGCCCUACGCCUGACAACUCAGGUGGCCAGUUUGGAAAUGCCCCUGAGGGCCUAGCACCUGAGGACCUUGGCCACCCUCCUGGGCCUGCGAGACAUGGGGUUGGGGGGAGAGACCAUCUCAAGGGUGCCAGCUGCCUGGGGCUCCCCAGGGGGCCCCCGACCCAUUCACCACCCCCAGGGCAGGCUGCUCCCUGUCCUGGGGAGCCCACCCUUACUUGUGUAGGCCCCGUAGUGACCCACGUGUCAAGUCAGCAUCCCUUGCCGCACCGACCACCGUUCUGUGCAGGCCAGGAGGUGUGUGUGUGCCCAGGCUGGAGGUCCUGGCCUGUGCGGCCUGUGCCAAGGCCCUGCCCAUCCCCAUCGCGUGUGGUGAGCCCCGCCUCUGCUUUCUCGCUGCAGACGUAGGCCACUGCCGCUUGUUCUUGCAGAGUGUGUGUGUGUGUGUGUGUGCACUUACCCGAGCAGCUCCUCCCCAGAGACCCCGAGCCCAGUCCCAGGAGGCAGCAGGAAAGACAGCCGAGGGCGCAGCCAACCGAUGCUCCCACUGUGAUGGUGACCGCGAUGGUGAGGAGAGGAGGAAGAACUGAACCGGCGAUGGACUGGGGGCUGCAUGAGGCUCCACAGGGACUGUGCUCUGAUGUUGCCCCCUGAGUUAGUUGUGACUCAGUUUCCCAGCCUGAUGUGACAUUCCCUGUAGUGUUUCCUGUGUCCCUUGACUUCCCGUGUGGGCCAUGGGCAGGACCAUGCCCAGCUGGUCAGGGGACCCCUGCAGUGACUGCGUCUUGUCCUGAUGAGGGGCAGAUCCUGGGGCCCUCAGGAGGGGAGAACAAGAUGGGAGGGCCCUGGUGUGCAGGGCAAAUGAGGAACCCUGGAGGAGGGAGGCCCGGGACCCAUGGCCUCCAGUGACCGUCAGGAGUUACCCUCUAUGUCAUCGUCCCUUCUCUUCAAUGGUUGUAGUGUUUCUGUUCAAUAAAGCUUGUUUAAUGUUCCA